AUGAUCUAUAACAUUAAUUUGUUUACAAUUAUUUGCCAUUUCCGCGAGUGCGCCAUGCCUGAUAGCCCGGACAUCAAACUGACCUCGCAUUCUACACUCUCGCCCAAAACCACUUGCAUGACGGCAAUGACCCCAACAUCUCGACCACUGUCGGCCAAUAGCAGUAUUUCAGGGGUCAAUGGCAGUCAUUCUCCUCACAGCACUUUGAACGGGCGUACACCAUCGCCGCCGACUAUGGGCUCUCUCCUGAGCACUUCGGCAGGCCAGCAACUUCCCCCGGCUUGCGGCGCCCGGCAGCUGGGCAAGCUGAAGCGCUUCCUGACAACUCUACAACAGUUUGGAUCAGACAUAUCCCCAGACAUCGGAGAGCGUGUCAGGACAUUAGUACUGGGCCUUGUGAAUUCUCACCUGUCAAUUGAAGAGUUCCACUCCAAGCUACAAGAGGCAACCAACUUCCCUCUGAGGCCAUUUGUCAUUCCAUUUCUCAAGGCCAAUCUGCCACUGUUGCAGCGGGAGCUGCUCCAUUGUGCUCGCAUGGCCAAACAGUCCCCACAACAGUUUCUCACACAGAAUGAGCACAUUGUGUUCGACCCCACACACUCUCCCCUGGAAACUCAAGAAUCUGUUUUGUCUGUGAUCAGUGAGAGUAGAAAAAGGCGCUCACCAGACAGCAGACCAAAGGAAAAUGGGCUGGAUCUUCACAUUGAGGCUCCCCAUCCUGCAAAACGUCACCAUGGCAACCAUCCCAUCAGUCCUGUGUCCAGUAGUCGAGUUAGCCCGGGGUCAACAUUUAACCUUUCCGCUGGGGGACCCAUCAGGCUUGAGGACAUCAGCAAAUCUCGAGAGAUGAGAGAGCGAGAACGGCUUGAGAGGGAGCAGACGGAGCGUGAUCGAGCGGACAGGGAAAGAGACAGAGAGAGACAUUUCUCAAACUACAAUUUUAGAACACCAGAACCUUUUGACCAUCUGGACAGACUGGAUGAUGACUGGCGACAUGUGGAAACAAUGCUAAACUGCAUAAUUGGGAUGGUGGAUAAAACCAAGCGAGCUAUGUCUGUACUACAAGAGAGAAGCCUCAGAGAUCGGGAAGAGCUGUCCCUGUGGGCUCGCAGACAAGCUGACGGCAUCGACGCUGAUGUUAAGAAACGUACCGGGGACGUGAUGGCUUAUACUAUCAGGCAGACAGAGGACAGAAUGAGUGAAGUGCGAAGAAGAGCAGAGGAAGCAGUUAAUGAUGUGAAGAGACAAGCAAUGCUGGAGCUGCAGAAAGCAAUGUCAGCUGCGGAUCAGAAAGCUGCAGAUUUGAUUGCUGCUGAACGUAUGAAGAUGGAGAGAGCCAUUACAGAGGCUAGGAAACAAGCACAUGCUGAUCUUCUGCGUUCUUUGAGUUUGCAGGAGGAAUCAGCUGAGAGUUGCUGGAACUGUGGACGAAAAGCCAGUGAGACUUGCAGCGGCUGUAACGUAGCUCGCUACUGCGGGUCCUUCUGUCAGCACAAAGACUGGGAAAACCAUCACCACGUUUGUGGCAAAGCUCACAUCACUUCUGUUGCUGAGGCCAGGGAAAUGAGGAGGGCAGCACUAGCAGCAGCAGCAGCUGCAGCAUCAUCUUCAGCAUCUGUUGCUGUAACAUCAUCAUUAUCAGGAGGCAAAGACACAUCAUUGGCUCUAAGUAAAGGCACUUCUGUGGCAGACUCUGCAUCAGUUACUUGUAUAUCUCCUGCACCAUCUGUUGUUCCAAGCCUUUCCACAAAAGAAACUGUAGCCGCGGUCACUUCAGCAGCACCCUCCUUGACAUCCUCUCCACUAUCAUCAUCCCCGAAGUCAUCGAGUCCUCUCAUCUCAAAUCCAGCAACCUUAGUACAAGACUCUGAGCCCUCACUUGUGGCAUCUUCAGCUACGGAUACCCCCACAGCGUAG